AUGGAAACUUGUCAGAUUGAGCACGAGCUCUCAGAGCUCCAUGAAAGAAAAGGCACAGACGGCGCAGUAUCGAACUUGGUCGACUCUCCUUAUCCCAAGGCCACAACGAACCCUAUUCUGUCGAAAAGCAACGCUGGCAAAAGACCAGAAUGCUUCAAAAACACUUUUCAAGAGAUUUGUUUCAUCUUCAUGGCCACACUAGCCAUGGCGACGAACAGUCUCGUAACCGGUGCCAUGAUAAUCGUCACAGCUUCGAUCGGAAGAGAUUUGCACAUGACACAAGCUCAAAUCACUUGGAUUAGUGCUGCAACGACUCUUUCUGCAGGAGCUCUCCAGCUGCCUUUAGGCCAGCUCACCGAUCUCCUCGGCCGCAAAGCUUUCUUCAUCGCUGGAAUGGCUGGUUUUAGCGUAAGCAGUCUCAUACUAGGAUUUUCCCGGAAUCCGUUCUGGAUGAACAUUCUGUGUGGUUUUCUUGGCCUCUUCUCUGCUGUGAUUGUACCACCUGCGAUUGGAAUACUUGGUGCGGCAUACUCGGAGCCAUCAAAGCGCAAGAAUUGGGCAUUUGCGUGUUUCAGCGCAGGCAACCCUGUCGGAUUCGGACUCGGUAGUAUCAUUAUGGGAAUAUCUGCCAGAAUAUUUGACUGGCGUGCUGGAUUUUUCUUCUUCACCAUCCUCUGGGGACUCUUGGCCAUCGUUUCAAUCUGGGUUGUGCCUGAUAUCGAAGCUUAUGAGCCUGGACCGUUUGGGAAAAGGUUACGUGCAGGUCUGAAGCAAUUCGAUAUAGUCGGAACAGCUCUGACAAUUGUUGGCGUUGGGCUUUUCACAACAGGCUUGACUCUUGGACCAGGAGACGGCUGGAAAUCUGCUCAUGUUAUUGCAAUGCUAAUUGUCGGCUUCUUCUUACUUGUGGGAUUUGUCAUUUGGGAAAGAAUUUGCCCGAAUCCUUUGAUGCCGCUUCAUAUAUGGAGGGAUAAGGGUUUUUCCUUUUUAAUGCCUGUUUCCAUAUUUGGUGUCAUGGCUAUGCUUUCAUCGAACUUUUGGCUUGCCUUGUUCAUACAAGAAGUUCAUCAUCGUUCCUCUCUGGUAGUUGCUGUACAGCUUUUACCGCAGGUCAUAUCUGCAAUAAUCUCCAAUAUCGUAGCUGCGAAUAUUCUUCACCGAGUCAACAACAGCCUUAUCAUGGCAUUUGGCGCCGCCAUGUAUCUCGUUGCGGACCUGUUACUUGCUUUUCAAAAUCCCUCAGCAACAUAUUGGGCCUUUAUUUUCCCGUCAUUGCUGACAAAUGUUAUGGGACUUGAUCUACAGUUCAAUGUCACCAACAUGUACGUGAUGCAAUCGCUUCCAUCUCACCAACAGUCGUUAGCUGGUGGCAUCUUUAAUAUGUUCAUUCGAUUGGGCACAACUAUCAUUUUUGGAAUGUCCACGGCAGUAUACAGCUCAGUUAAAGAUACACCGGAGGGGGAGGAUAAUGUCUUCAAGCCGUUUCAGAGCGCAUUUUAUGUUUCUCUGGGGUUUGCUGCUCUGGCUUGUUUGUUUGUUCCUUUUCUGCGCAUUGGUACGCAGGGAAAUUCUCCGAAAGAAGAGUAA